CGCAUCACCCGGUUUGUCUCUUUCACACUCCGCUGCUCGAAGAUCCAACCCUCAGUUUAAACUUCCAGGCUGAUCAGACCUGCGCACUCUGGGUCUGGUCGGAUUUGACCGUGCAGAGGUGAGAGUUUGUAUGUGUGCGCGUUUGAUGUCGGGGGAGAGGUUUGGCUCAUCAGCUCAUUCAAGAGACCCCAGACAGUAAUAGAUCCUCCCACCGGUCUGUGUCUAUUUAUACGGUUGAACGGGACUACCGUGGGUCGUGAUAACUGGACGCGACUGAGCGUGGACGCAAUUAAAACAAAUCUGAACACGUGCCGGCUCUGGCCCAGGCUGCAGUCAUGCCUCUUCUGGAAGAGACCACUCUGCCUCAAGAACACCCACCUACCCUUCCUGUGGUAAUUAUAGGAAAUGGCCCAUCGGGUAUUUGCCUGUCCUACCUGUUAAGUGGAUACAAGCCCUAUUUUGAUACUGCGACGGUUCACCCUAACCCCAUUCUGUACAGGAAACUGCAGGAGGCCAAGCACAUCCCCAUCACUGAACAGGCUAUGGAAUAUUUGAGCGAAGGUCUUGAGGGGAGGUCAAGGAAUCCCGUUGCUGUGCUAUUUGAUACACUACUACACCCCAAUGCUGACUUUGGCUAUGAUUUCCCACCAGUCCUCAAAUGGAGGAAAGACAAGCAUCAACAAAUCCCACACCUGGUUCUGGGAAAGGGAACACCUGGGGGUGCCUGGCAUGCAAUGGAAGGCUCAAUGUUAACUGUUAGCCUUGGCAUUUGGAUGGAGCUUCCCGGAGUCAACUAUAGAGACCUGACCAAUGGUUUGCGAAGAAAUGUGACAAGUGACAGAGCCACCCCUGAGGAGAUCUCAUCUUAUUACAAAGACUAUGUGAAGCUAAAGGGUCUGCAAAAGAAUUUUGUUGACAACACAUACGUUACCUCUGUUCACAAACUUUGCCGUGGGCAAGAGCUGAAAGGGCUAGAGAAUGGGCAAGAAGAUCAGAAGACGGUUGAUAGUGAGAACGGGCACUUUGAGGAGAACGACAAAGAGGGGGAAAACAAUGGAGGAGGAGGAACUCUCUGGGAAGUCAGAGGUUAUCGGCAGCUACAGAGUGACACUCAUGUCCCAUUCUCCCUGUUUGCUGAGAAUGUUGUCCUGGCUACCGGUGCAUCAGAUUCUCCAGUCCGAUUGGGUGUAGAGGGGGAAGAUCUACCGUUUGUGUUCCACAGCAUCUCAGACCUGGGCUUGGCUGUAAGCCAGGGAAAACUUGAUGUAAACUCUGAUCCAGUUUUAGUUGUAGGUGCAGGUUUAAGUGCAGCUGAUGCAGUUCUGUGUGCAUGUAACAGCAAUAUCAGAGUACUGCAUGUUUUCCGGAAGAACACUGACAACCCAGAUCUCAUCUUUAAGCAGCUUCCCAAGACCCUGUACCCAGAAUACCACAAAGUGUACAACAUGAUGUCUUCCCAGACCUGUCAUAAUGUGGUCUCCUCGUCCUCGUCUAACAGACCCCAGGCAGUUAGUGUUGCUUCUUCAGUAUGCGCCAAGAUGUGCCCUAAACCCCAGCUUUCUGCAGGGAGUAUCACUGGAGGUUCUAGUGUCAACCUCUUCCCUGAUUACACCAGUUUCCCCGAGCACUGUGUGGUCUCGUUUCAGUCUGACAUGAAGUGUCUGCUACAAGGGGACAACUCUCUAAAGGCGUUCAAGAUCUCAAUGGCCCUGGUGUUGAUUGGGACCAAUCCAAAUUUGUUCUUCCUGAAAGGUCAGGGCCAGUACCUGGGACAAGAUCCAACAAAUCCCAUCUCCUGCAAGCAGAACCCUAUCGACAUAAACCCUUACACUUUUGAGUGCACCAAGGAGCCAGGGCUGUUUGCCAUGGGCCCGUUAGUGGGAGACAACUUUGUUCGAUUUCUGAAGGGGGGUGCUUUAGGCAUUGCCUCCUGUCUGCUGAAAAGACUCAAAAAGAAAGAAAAGCUCUUCAGCAGUGAAGGGAACAGCUUCAUUUGAAAAACAAUGAAGUAAAACAUGAGUCAAGUCUUAACGCACAAUUUCCUGGAGAAACCCCCCCAGGUAAAACAUGUUUUCUUUUAAUCUACUUUAAUCAUUGAUGCAGUGUUUUAUUAUUGAGGCUUAUGGGUUUUAUUUGUUCAUGAAGCCAAAAUAACAAUGGAUGUACAAACAUUUGUCUGACUUCAAAUAAAGUCUCUUUAGGUUCAGGAUACCGCAUGCCAAUGGUAUAUAGCUGAUCUGUCAUCUCAUAACAGUAUGGAACCUAGUUUUAUUCAGGGUUAUUUGUCAUUUCACGGUGUGUCUUCAGGCAGUUUACAUAUUUAAAACAAAGGAGUUUAGAUAAUAUUUAUCUUUACAGCCCAUAACUGUAGACAUGUCCUAGAUGUUAACACUAAUUUGAUCCCAUUUGCAAAGCAUAUCAAGUACCAGUCAUGAGCGGGUUCUGCAACAGAUGAAUAACAUCUGACCCUACACGCUAAUGUCUGAAAGAGGUAUUACAGUAUCGGUUUAGUAAGCUUUUCUCUUUUUAUUCCAGUAGAUUUUCAGUUUAGAAUAUCAUGUAGGUAAUUAAAGCCAAUUUAGUACAAUUAUUUUGAAAUCACAACUUAAAAUGCUUUCUUCUAUGCAAAUAAAGUGCAUUUUAAAACUGUUUAACCAAUUAACUUUAUAGCAUUUUAUCUGACAACCUUUUUUGACUUCCAUUCUGGUUUUGGUGCUCACAGCGGCUCUGUGAUGUUGUUAUUGCAUCACGGCACAGCCCUCCACAGUGCUGACCAUGGUUCAUUACUAUAGUGAACAGGGUCAGGCUAGUCUAUUUAUUACUAAAUAACUUAGCAACAAAAUACAUUAGAUCUUUUGGUAACGCUUCCCUUUACAGUACAUCAAUAACCAUGUAAUAACAAGCCAGUAACAGAUCAAGUCACACUAUAUUACUAGGUAAGAAGAAAAACUUUAUUUGGUAAUUACCCCCAAAUUAAGGUAUAUAAUUUCAAAGUAAUUACCUUCAUGUAAUUAUUAUAAUUGUAUGUUAAUAUGUAACAAUUGGGACUUUUGGUGGGUAAUUACCAUUAGGGUACCACAUAACAGUUUGUAUUAUAGGCCACCACCUACGAAAGGCUUACAAAGUAAAGUGUAGCUUAUGAUCAGGUAAAUAAUACAUUAUAAAUCUGAACUCAAAAGACAUAUAAAUAUAAGUUUAGUUAAAAAUAUUCCGAGUCUGAGUUUAAAAUUUGAAGCAACACACUUACUAAAAUUCUCCAUAAAGUGUUUCUUGUCACUUAGUAAUAUAGUGUAACUUUCUAUGUUAUUACCAUGUCAUUACAUGGUUACUGAUGUACUGUAAAGAAAGCGUUACAGGUUUUUUUUGUUGUGUUGUCCAUUUUUAGCUUCUCCACAGCCUUAUCCUUUCACUCCUCUGUUAUUCGGUGUUCAUGAUGACGAUUGUUCACAGAUCUUUUGUUACUAUACACCAGUAAGCACUUGAUUUGGUUAAAAUAUUAGAGGAGCUGGGUUGAAUUAGCCACAAUCUACGUUUUAGGAACCUCUUAAAAAUAUAUCUUUCUUUCAUUUCACAAUAAGCAAUACUUUUUGUUGCUCUGUCACUGAAAAUCCAAACAAUAUAAACAAAAAUUUGUUUAUAACAUGAUCAAAUGUGAAAAUUUUUUGAGUAUGAAUUCGUUUUCAGAUCCCAGUUAUGUCACUUACUGACCUAAAUGUAGAAAAUAAAGCCACCAUAAGAUUCCCUGCUAGUUUUCGAGUACAAAAAUAAAAAGCCAAAAAGUUCAUUCUGAUGUUUAAAUAAUCUUAUUGGCUGUGAGGUUUCAAUUAACAGCGAAUAGGUAGAGGGAAACAUAAAACAGCCAGUGUUACAAUCUACUACCUACAGAUAUCAGUCUCACCUUCUAUUUUUAUAUUCCUAUUUUACAUUAAAACCAUCCAGCAUCUUAGGUUCUUUAACCUAACCAGUUCAGACCUCAGCCUCGGAUUUUUUAUACUUAUAAAACUUGCAUUAUCAUAACAGCCACAUCUAUUAUUAGUGAUCCUUCAAUGCAAUAGAAAAUAGUUACCCAAGAAUGUGAAAGAAUGUACCACAUUUUGAUUUUCUUACAUUUGUAUAUGUUAAUGAAUAAAUUCUGCCUUCUGCUGUUUAUCAUUACGGCAGUACAAAUUAGACGGCAGAAAAAAAGAUUAGAUGGCUGUUAUAUAUCAUUUCCUUUGAUUUUUUUUUUUAAUAUUAGUUACAUCUCAACCAGAAUAUUAUUAAAACUUUAUCUUUAUAAAAAGUAAUUUAAGAAGGUAAAACUCAUGCCAGAGUGAUGUCAUUGGGGCAACAGUGGCGUCGGAUGCAGGGCCGCUGUGGAUACAAUGUAGCUUGCCACCAUCAGUGUGCUUGAAUGGCUUGAAAAAACACUACAUAAAUAUAGGGCAUUUUUACCACUAAAGUCUUAAUAUCGAAUAAUGUAAGGAAUACAUCAAAGAAA